GCCGGACUCUUUAAUAAACUUUUGUCUCGUACGGAAUACUAUAUGAUUUCACCGUUUGUUUCAUCAGAAACAAUCUGGGACGGAAGGAUUCGAACCUCCGAGUAACGGGACCAAAACCCGCUGCCUUACCACUUGGCCACGCCCCAUUUCGGGUUUUAUGCGACACUAAUAAACACUAGUAUGUUUAUUUGUUAUUCGUCAAUACCAUUUCAAUUACAUAAAAAAGGAGGGAUAUUCUCUUGCUAGUAUUCUACACAUGCGGAUAAUAUAGAAUCAAAAAAAUGCAUUGAUCAUUACAUUGAAUUCUAUUAAGAUAUUAUAUGAAAGUCGAAUUUAUUCCACUCUCAUUUGAGAGUGCAAAUACAAGGAGGUAUUUUGUGUUUGGGAAAGUCCGAAGAAAAAAGAUUUUGAAUCUGCCUUUUCCUUCUUUCCCUUAAAAAAAUAACUCAAGAAAAAUCCAAUUAUUUACUCUACAAGAAUGAAAUGCUUGUUAUGCCUAAUAUACUUAGUUUAACCUGUAUCUGUUUUAAUUCUGUUCUUUAUCCUACUAGUUUUUUCUUUGCCAAAUUACCCGAAGCUUAUGCUAUUUUCAUUCCAAUCGUGGAUAUUAUGCCUGUUAUACCUCUAUUCUUUUUUCUAUUAGCCUUUGUUUGGCAAGCUGCUGUAAGUUUUCGAUGAAAUCUUUAGUACUCUGUAUGCCAAAUUGAAUGAUGUGUUCAUUCCAAAAAAAUUUAAAAAUGGGUAAAAGCCGAGAAGUUUUAUAUUUUUAUAUUAUGAACCUUCGAUUCUAAAAUUUAAAUUCUUCUACAUUGAAUGGGUAGCUACAGAAAUAAAUUUGGAUCAGCCUUUCUACUCCCCUGCACCUAGGUUGAGCAGGUACCUAAAGGUACCUACACAAUACCUAACCACCUAACCCUAUUUUUGCUAUUGAUAAGAGUGCUUAUUAUAAAAGAAUUCUUGCAAUUUUUUUCAAGAAUUCUUUUUUGCAUUUUUAGGUAUAAAAAAAAAACCAUCCUAGUGGAUCCGUGUGGUAAGGAAAAACUGGUAAUCUAUUCCUUAAAAAAAAAUCUUGGAGAUUAUGUAAUGCUUACUCUCAAACUUUUUGUUUAUACAGUAGUGAUAUUCUUUGUUUCAUUCUUUAUCUUUGGAUUCUUAUCUAAUGACCCAGGACGGAAUCCUGGACGCGAGGAGUAAAAAUUCAGUUUUUUUUUUUUCUUAUUGGAUUUGUUUCGUACAUUUAUCUAUGAGAAAAUCCGGGGGUCAGAAUUCUUUCCAAUUCGAAAGUCCCAAAUGAUCCAAGGGAGCGGAAAGAGAGGGAUUCGAACCCUCGGUACAAAAAAAUUGUACAACGGAUUAGCAAUCCGCCGCUUUAGUCCACUCAGCCAUCUCUCCACGUUCCAACGCGAAAGGUUUCCGUGAUAUGAUAUAGGCAAGAAAUAAGAAAUAACGGUUGCAAAAAACCCCCUUUUUUUCUUUCAAAAGUCUAUAAAAAUUAUAUUGCCAAUUCCAUUUUAAUUAUAUUCUUUUUUCUUAAUGUUAAUAAAAAAAGAAGAAAAUUCUUGUUUUUUCUUUCUAAAAAUCGAUAUUGGCCGAGAGACAAUCAAAUAGAUUUUCUCUUUAGCGGGCAUUUCCAUAUAGGACUUGUUAUAAUUAUAAUAAAACAAGCAGGUUAUAUAAAAAAAACGCUUUUUUUGUCGAUUAUUUAUCAAGAAAGCAAAAAGGGUUCUUAUCAAAUCCACCAUAAAAUUGGAAAGAAGCAUAAAGUAAGUAGACCUGACUCCUUUAAUGAUGCCUCUAUCCGCUAUUCUGAUAUAUAAAUUCGAUGUAGAUGAAAUUGUAUAAGCGAAUUUUUUUUAUUUCCUUAGACUUAGACCGCGCAAGACAAGAAUUUUUCGCUAUUUACGAUUUCAUAUUCUUGUUACUAGAUGUUCUAUAGGAAUAAGAAGAAAUCGCAACUCCUUUGCGCUACACAUAAAAUUGGAUUUCGAAGGUCCAUUUUUUUUUUCAGAAUCCUCUAUUUUAGUUCUUCCACCCAUGCAAUAGAGAGGGAAUGGGAAAAGAAGGGUUACUUUUAUUUUCAUUUUUCCCUUAAAAGAUAGACUUUGAAAUAGGAGUCUUUGAAUAAUGCUGAAUUCAAAGGUUUAUUUCUUUCUAUAGUAUAAGAAAAACAAUUUAUUUCUAUUUCUAUAGUAUAAGAAAAACAAAUAGUAUAAGAAAAACAAAUCGAAUCAAAUUCAUGGAUUUACCACGACCUCGGUUGUGACUGUGACUCCAUAGAUAAAAAUGGGAAAUUUCUCUCUUCGAGACCAUUGAAAAAGGGCAUUGAACGACAAAGAAAUCGUCCACAGAUAAUAAAACUAUCAUAUGCCUUGGAAAGUGAUAUGAGGUGCUCGGAAAUGGUUGAAGUAAUUGAAUAGGAGGAUCACUAUGACUAUAGCCCUUGGUAGAAUUCCUAAAGAAGAAAAUGAUCUAUUUGAUACUAUGGAUGACUGGUUACGAAGGGACCGUUUCGUUUUUGUAGGAUGGUCUGGCCUAUUGCUCUUUCCUUGUGCUUAUUUCGCUUUAGGGGGUUGGUUUACAGGUACAACUUUUGUAACUUCUUGGUAUACCCAUGGAUUGGCUAGUUCCUAUUUGGAAGGUUGUAAUUUCUUAACCGCAGCAGUUUCUACCCCUGCCAAUAGUUUAGCACACUCUUUGUUGCUACUAUGGGGGCCCGAAGCACAAGGAGAUUUUACUCGUUGGUGUCAAUUAGGCGGUCUAUGGACUUUUGUAGCUCUCCACGGGGCUUUUGCACUAAUAGGUUUCAUGUUACGCCAAUUUGAACUUGCUCGGUCUGUUCAAUUGUGGCCUUAUAAUGCAAUCUCAUUCUCUGGUCCAAUUGCUGUUUUUGUUUCUGUAUUCCUUAUUUAUCCACUGGGGCAAUCUGGUUGGUUCUUUGCGCCGAGUUUUGGCGUAGCAGCGAUAUUUCGAUUCAUCCUUUUCUUCCAAGGAUUUCAUAAUUGGACGUUGAACCCAUUUCAUAUGAUGGGAGUUGCCGGAGUAUUAGGUGCGGCUCUGCUAUGCGCUAUUCAUGGAGCGACCGUAGAAAACACUCUAUUUGAGGACGGUGAUGGUGCAAAUACCUUCCGUGCUUUUAACCCAACUCAAGCUGAAGAAACUUAUUCCAUGGUCACUGCUAACCGCUUUUGUUCCCAAAUCUUUGGUGUUGCUUUUUCCAAUAAACGUUGGUUACAUUUCUUUAUGCUAUUUGUACCCGUCACCGGUUUAUGGAUGAGUGCUAUUGGCGUAGUUGGCUUGGCUCUGAACUUACGUGCCUAUGACUUUGUUUCCCAGGAAAUCCGUGCAGCGGAAGAUCCUGAAUUUGAGACUUUCUACACCAAAAAUAUUCUUUUAAACGAGGGUAUUCGUGCGUGGAUGGCAGCUCAGGAUCAGCCUCAUGAAAAUCUUAUAUUCCCUGAGGAGGUUCUACCACGUGGAAACGCUCUUUAAUGGAACUUUCGUUUUAGCUGGUCGUGACCAAGAAACCACCGGCUUUGCUUGGUGGGCUGGGAAUGCCAGACUUAUCAAUUUGUCCGGUAAACUGCUUGGAGCUCAUGUAGCCCAUGCCGGA